AUGGAGCGCUACGGUGAGCACGGCUCCUCUCCUGAGAGAGAGCCUCUCGAUGGCUAUCAGGCUCCUCCUAGCCCUGCGUACCCCCCCGAGACUCCCUAUCACGACAAUGUCUCGCCUCAGCCUCACCACCGCCAGCCUCCUCCGCCCGUGCCCCAGCACCGGGACUACGACUACGAGAAUGAAUCCGACGAGGACCAGGUGCCUCCUCCGCCUCGGCACCAGGGCAACGCCGGCUACUUUGCCAGAGGCGAUAAUGGCCACAAUGACGGGUAUGCGCCACAGAUCAGAAUCAACUCCAACUCCCGUGGAUACACCUUGAGUAACGUGACGCCCGGCUCUGACAACUUCAGCGAUAUGGCCGCGGGAGGCAUGGCGGGCAUCGCCUACGGCGUAGCAGAGCGAAACGCGCGCGAGAGCGGCAUGCAGGCGAUCCACGGCGGUCUUCCUCCUCCACCAUCUCACGCUCGAUAUCCCGACGGCGGCAACGGCUACGGCAACGGCUACGGCUACGGUCCUGGCAACGGCGGCUACUACCACCCAGGCUCUGAUGGAGUAUCGGGCGCCAACAGCUCGCGCUCGCCCUCUCGCAGCGCCCGAGAGUCUCGCGGCGCACGAGACCCCUACGCCGACGACCACUAUCCGCAGAUGUAUGCCGCGGGCUCUCGAAAUAGCAAUCCGAUGCUCGGCAUAGUCAAUCCUAAUGAGAUUGUGGACGAUGGCGACGAGGGGCUGGACUAUUCUCGGCGUAGUCAGCGGAAUUCCACCCUCGGCGCUGAUGCGGCCAAGGGGGCUGCGGCGGUGACGACGGCGGCGGUUGGAGCUGGAGCGAUUCGAAGUGCGUUGGGACGCAGUGGUGAGUGA